AUGAAUGGUAUCUCUGGUGAAACUCAAGAGGAGAGGGGUCGGUCUGAGGCCACCAUCAGGUUUGUGGUCAAUGGUGUCAACCAAUUGGAUGACAAUAACCUGUACAGUGCCGUCACAUACAUCCGACACUUACCCUGGCAAAUAUUUGUCAGAAUUAUUGAAAUGAAGACCACAUCGGGUGACCCGCCGUUGGAAGUGAUGACUAAAUAUUUGUUGUGUUCUGUCUGUUGUGAUCAACAGUCGAGGGCUAAACGCCUCACUAACAACUGGUCAUGUAAUGCGAGGGUUGAGCUGACACUCGUCGCGCAGUCGGCCACCGGACACAGCAUUAAGCGAAACUUUGCGCACAAAUACAUAUCUGCACAAAACAAUGGUUGGGGGUACACUCAAUUCAUAGCAUUUAAUGAUUUACUGAAAACCGAAAAGGGUUUCACUAAAGACAAUACUAUUGUCGUGGAGGCGAAGGUCAGCGCCGAUCGACCCUAUGGUGUGAUUAUGCGUUCAAAUUUGGGCAAUAUUUUUGCCACAAUUCAAAGGAAAUCCGUUGAUAUAUAUCCAGAAUUGGCUUAUUUUAUGAACGAAUCCAUGAGUGAUGUUGUGUUCAAAGUGGAGGGCAAACCCAUUCCGGCCCUCAAAGAGCUGUUGUCCGUUAAAUGCGAGUAUUUUCGUACAAUGUUUUCGGGUAAUUAUACCGAAAGCGAAGCCAAAGAGAUUGAAAUCGUCGACACGACUCACGAGGCGUUCAAAACAAUCAUUUGGUACUUGUAUUCAAACCAAUUGGCCGUCGAUUCGGACGAUAUGUUAAUCGAUUUGGAGUUUCAGUUUGAAGUCUAUAGACUCGCCGAUAGAUUUCAAAUCAAACGACUUCUCAUUUAUUAUGAAAACCAAUUGAAAGCAAACAUUACUGAAGAGAAUCUCGAAUUGGUUUCAAAAAUUGCAUUCACUUAUGAAAUCAAUUCUUUGAAGACUUGUGUGAAGGCAUUCAUUGAUAAGACAUUUGAUAAACUGAUUCUCGAAGACAGCGAAUAUCUGAAGAAAAUCAAUGGCUUUACUGAUGACUAUUUGUUUGAUAAAUCCAUCGAAAGCGGCCGCAAAAGGGCCCGAAAUACAUCCCAUCAGACAAGCGAUAAGACAAUGGAUUGGAUCUCUGGUGACACCUCCGAUGAGAGGAGUCGGCCGUCGGGUGUCAUCACGUUUGUGGUCAAAGAUGUCCACCAAUUGAAUACCACUGAUUACCGAUACAGUGCUGUCACACACGUGCGACACUUACCCUGGCAAAUAAAGGCCAAAGUGUGCGAAAUCAGGACCACUUCGGGUGACCCGCCGUCGGUAGUGAUGACCAAAAAGUUGGGCUGUUUUGUCAUUUGUGGCGAUGAGUCGCGGCCUAAACGCCUCCCUCCCAACUGUAGUUGCGUUGCGAGGGUUGAGCUGACACUCGUCGCGCAGUCGGCCACCGGACGCAACAUUACCGGCGGUAUUCAUCACAAAUACAUAUCCGAAGAGAAGAAUGGUCGGGGAUGUUAUUUCGUUGCAUUUGACGAUUUAUUAAAUCCUGAAAAGGGUUUCAUUAAAGACAAUACGAUUGUCGUGGAGGCGAAGGUCAGCGCCGGUCGACCCUAUGGUGUGAUUAUGCGCUCAAAUGCGGGCAAUAUUUUUGGCACAAUUCAAAGGAAAUUCAGUGAUUCGUAUCCGGAAUUGAUUUACUUUAUGAACCAAUUCAACAGUAAUGUUGUGUUCAAAGUGGAGGGCAAACCCAUUCCUGCCGUCAAAGAGUUCUUGAGCUUUAAAAGCGAUUAUUUUCGGUCAAUGUUUUCGGGCUGUUAUGUCGAAAGCGACGCCAAAGAGAUUGAAAUACAAGACACGACUUACGAAGCGUUCAAAACAAUCAUUUGGUACUUAUAUUCAAACCAAUUGGCCAUCGAUUCGGACGAUAUGUUAAUUGAUUUGGACUUUGAGUACUCAGUCUAUAGACUCGCCGAUAGGUUUCAAAUCAAACGACUUCUCGAUUAUUAUGAAAACCAAUUGAAAUCAAACAUUACUGAAGAGAAUCUCGAAUUGGUUUCGAGAAUUGCCUUCAAUUAUAGAAUUGAUUCUCUAAUGAUUUGUGUGAAGAAAUUCAUUGAUAAGACAUUUAAUAAACUGAUUCUCGAAGACAGCGAUUAUCUGAAGAAAAUCAAUGGCUUUACUGAUGACUAU